AUGUCGGGGCUUCCGCUUUGGCUUCGCUGGUUCGCGUAGGGGGUAGAGCUUUCAACGAGUGCUUGCCAGUUUGCUUUUCAUCUUCUGCAUUUAAUCGUUGCUGUUUUGCUUCGCGUGAAGUAUAGUUCUAAAAGAGUUGAAACUUCUCCGACGUUGUUCCUGUCGGAUCGGAAGUCGCGCCGGGAGCUUGCCGCGAAGGGAGCAAUGGAUGAAAGAUAGCAGUUACCGAAGCAACUGAAGUUAGAACCAACUUUGAUGACUCCAACAAGAGGCGGCAAGGCCGUGGUAGAGGCCGCUCUACCUCAGGCAGGGGUCGUGGUUCCAAGUCUAGUGAUCAAAUACGGUCCGUGCCUUUCUCAACUGUUCCACUAUCCAAUGGCCAUAAUGAGAUUGCAUCACAAAAGGAGAGUUGGUCAAGUGAACAGCCUGCGAUUGAUGAGAGACUUGUUUUACAGGAGGAGAUGCAUUUAUUACGUAGUAGAGUUGCUUCAUUGGAAGCGGAACUUGGAAAAUCCCACCAAGAAAAUGUUGAUAGUCAGCAACUUUGUCGCCAAUUUGAAAAGGAAUUGAAGGACCUAAAAGAGCAUGAUCAACAAAUGAAAAUGAAGGUUGCAUUUUAAUAUUUUGCAUCUCAUGUUUUAGCAACUUCUUUUCUUGUCACUUAUGUUGAUUAGAAAUAUCUUUACCCCUGAAACAUCUUUUUUAGCAUUUUUGAGGAUAGGUGAAUGAAGGAAGAUGCACUUAAGGGCAGGACUCUCAAGUUUAUACCUAAAAUAAGAGUGCACAUGAACUUAGCACAUACUACGGAACAACUAGGUCAAAGAUUUAAGGCUGAAGAAAUAAUAAUAUGAUGCUUCGACAACAUCCUCAAUGUAACUUGAUAGUAAAUGAUAUGAGAAGGCAUUCUAUUUAUAAGGAAGACAAUAACCCCAAAAGAGUCUAGGAACAUCCAUCGCAAAGCACUAGAGCCACCUCAUGGAUAUAUUGGUUCAUACUUUUGGCUUAUGCCAUUUUGUUGCAGUAUGUAGAUGCAUGUUAGUUUUUGGAGGAUGCUAUGCUCUUUGAAUAAAUUUAGUAGUGAUUGAUUCAGAAA